UGGGAAAGAAGAAGGCGGGUCUUUGAUCUCCGUUCAAAUGCUCCCCCCCCCGCCACCCACUUUGACGUCCGCAGCCCGAGAGGUUAUAUAGCCGCGGGACGGUGCAGCGGGCAAGUCGAGUUGCUUCCCGGGCAUCGCAGGGGAAUCAAGCAACAGACACGAUUCAAGGCAAGGAGCUCUCCGCUGCUGCAGCAUCUCCACGUCCCGGGUCAGCCAGCCUGAAGUUGAGACUGACUUUUGGCUGACUUGGGCGCUCGAAGUGGCGCCGGGGAUGAAUGGAGUGCGGGUAGCCAUGCUGGGCAGCGAAGGGACGGGCAAAUCCGCCCUUACAGUGCGCUUUCUGACGAAGCGUUUCAUUGGAGAAUAUGCCUCCGAUUCUGAAUGCAUUUAUACAAAACAUUUGCACCUGGAUGGAAAGCAAAUUAACUUGGAAAUAUAUGAUCCUUGUUCCCAACCUCGGCCAGGGAAAUUGUUACUUGCAGACGAACUCCAAUGGGCAGAUGGAUUUAUUGUGGUCUAUGACAUCAGUGACAGAACUUCAUUUGCGUUCGCAAAAGCGUUGCUAUACAGGAUCCGCGAGUGCCAUGGAGGAGCUUGUAAAAGAACAUCCGAGUGCACUGUGGUUUUGGUUGGGAACAAGCAGGAUUUGUGCCACAUACGAGAAGUCGGUUGGGACGAAGGACAGAAGUUGGCCCUGGAUUACAGAUGCCAGUUUUGUGAACUGUCUGCUGCGGAACAAUGCCAGGAAGUGGGAAUGAUGUUCAGCCAAGCUUUGAAAAGCCUCACGGCUCACCCCAAGGGGAAGGAGAAGAGACGGCCCAGCGGCUCAAAAUCCAUGGCCAAAUUGAUCAAUAACAUGUUCGGAAAGAGGAGAAAGUCUGUUUAGUGAAAGGCCCACCAGAAACGGACAGGGAGCCAAGACACUGUCUCUCACACAUAUAUGCACACACAUGCACAAAGGAUCUAGUCCACAUGAAGGUCUUAGCAUGUCACCCAAGAAAGCCACAGAAACGAUUGGCGUAUUCCCACCCGGCAUGGCAAAAACCAUCGCUUAAAUCUAGCCUUUUGAUAACUCUUCUGGGAAUGAAAUUUUGCAUGGGAGCAGAUUGACUUUAGAGCAUAGAGCAAGUGCUGUAUAUGGUUAUUAAGGAGUGAACUGUUGAGUUAAUCACUAAUAAUCUUAACUGGAUCCAUAUGAAUAAUAAAGCCAAGAAAACAAUGUGGUACGGUGCCUUUAUCAGUGUUUCCCCUGCUUAGCCAUUUUUAAGACACGUAGACUUCAACUCCCAGAAUACCUCAGCCAGCAUUGCAAUGCUGGCUUGGGUAUUCUGGGAGUUGAAGUCCACAUACCUUAAAAACGGCUAAGCGUGGGAAACAUUGGUCUAAAUCAGGGAUGUCCAAACUUGGCCCCUUGAAGAGUGGUGGACUUCAGCUCCCAGAAUUCCCCAGCCAGCAACUUGCUCAUAUUUAUAGCUCAUGCUGGCUGGGAAAUUCUGGGAAUUGAAGUCCACCACUCUUCAAGGGGCCAAGUUUGGACACUCCUGGUCUAAAUAAAUUGUGGUAUUGAUUUCAACAACAACAAAACUCUUUUGGUCGACGUGAGACAGAGGCAGUCCACAAGUUACACUGAGAAAGGACUACCCAAAAUAUCACCAAGGUCUCCGACGAAACAGGAGGGAAAGAAAAUCUUGAACUAUUAGCAUCUUUUCCAGAAGUGACAUUAAACUCCUAUCAAUUUAAGCAUGUGCUUUUCUGGCUACAGUUCCUUUCCUUAGCUGGGAACAGACUUCGCGAAAGAUUAAAAUCUAAUUGAAGUCGUGUCAGCUAAUUCCUUUUCCCAGCUUUUGGCUGCAAUCAACCAUGUGUUAGUGUUCCCUUCUACUGUAUUUUAGGGUCUUUUUAACCACUUAAGUGCAGAGUCUUGCUAAGGCUUGCAAAACCACUGAGAAGCUGAUGGCUAUUUUUUUGGGUAAACUGGUGGGGGGGGGGACAGGAACGUAGCAUAUUGUUUGUGGAAAAUCUGAUCUCCAGCUUUUGUUGUUUUUCCUGCUUGUGGGUAAUGGGGACAGUAGGAUGCAAAAUGCAUUUGGAAAUGUGAACGCUCACUCUCUGAAACUCCUGACAGCUGCCCAGAAGGAUUGCUUGAUGGUGAGAGGGGCAGCUUAUUAAUUUAAUAAAUAAAUAAAUA